AUGCCUCCCGAAAUUGCGGGGGACUCUGCAUUAACGGAAGGUCAAUUCAAGAACCCUGGGGUAAGCGAGGACGCCAGUUCCUCGGAGGGCGCACUCGCGUGGAUUAAAGAACCUGUUUGGUCGGAAAAAGACGCCCAGAGUGCUCGCACGAUGUUGACACCACUUCGUGAAACUCUUAUUCGUUGUCUGUUGGCCUGGCUGGUCCGCUUGCACGAGUCCCUUGGAGAACCCGCUUCACACAGUGCUACUUCUUCCGUCCACGAUAGCUCAGCAACAGUACAUGGUCUCUAUUCGUCGUACUCUACGUGCCUUUAUCGAUUGCAUGCAUGCGUCGUGCUUCUCGCUUUCUUAGAUCUUGAUUUGAUAUCUAGUGCUGAUGGGAUUCUAGAGCUCGUUCGAGUUCAUCUGGCGCCGCUUUGCAUAUCUCAAUAUUUCACUGCGGAGCGGAUGAAAACACAGGAUGCUAAGUUUGAACGAUUGACAAUUGCUGAUUUGUUACUCACAGCAAAUAAUUCCUGGGUGUGGUGGGAAUUGCAUUACCGUUUAGGUCCUUUCUUGCCUCCUGAUCUAGCGCGCCAGACUCAACAUCAAUGCUGGGAGAUUCAGUGGAGUUUCCAGCGGCAGAUUUUGUCAGUGGUUCCCCAAGGUAAAUCAGACGGGAUGGAACCGACUGCUCGUUUUCUGCGCAUCGUCAGUUUUUUUGUGGCGCAAACCCCUCUACUUUGUUAUCUUCCGACUCCGAGACUCCGAAGCGAAGGCGACAUUUCUUCUUUAUCGUCCUCAGAUACUUUGCAUUAUUUGGCGUCCGAUUCUCAGUUUGCUCAGAGUUUCCUACAACAUUUAGUAUCUAUCGCUGAGGAAGCUGUUCGGGUAGCUUGUGAAGGAUGGGGCUGGUCGCUGGCAUUGAGCACGUCUUCGGCGCCGAACAGUCUUGAUAACACCUUUGAUGCACCAAAUGGGCGGUGUUUUAAUCAGAUUGAGAACCUUAAAAUCCCCAAUCAGCAUCUUGAUCAUGAGUCUUUUAAAUUAUUGCUGUCCAUAGUUCAUCAUCUGGUUCUGCAAUGGGCUGUAUUUUCAGCGUCCCCUAUAUCAUCAGAAGCCAUCAACGAUCAUAGUGAGGGCCAUCACUUUGGUGCUUUCGGGAACAUGAAUUCUACCAUAUCCAGACUCGCCAGAACGAUCUCCAAAUUUCUUGAUUUCGUCUCCCCCUCGCUGGCUGUUCAUGUACGUAUCGCGAACGGCGACGAUGAGAAGAUUUGGAUUCAAAUAGCAGAUCUGGUAAUGUGGAUGGCACGCUGCCGGUGUCGCCACAGCAACGAGUGCCUUUCUAGAUAUUUCAACGAGCAUGAGCUUUGUUCCAAAGGUGUGUUCCUUCCGCCGGAAACGUUAUUACGACUGAAGCGGAUUUUGCUUUCCGCCUCCAUUCGAUAUCUCUUUUUAGCAGAUUCAUGCUAUACAAGGGUGAAUGGUAAAGGUGACGUCGUCGCCAUUGAGAUGAAAUGUAGGAAAGCUACCGAGGGCGAAACCUACUGUAUACCCUCACAUAUUUUUCUGACAGCAUUUAUUCGUGUGUGGCAGGAAUGGAUUGCUCGGCUGCAGCAUUCUCCGACACUUCAUCAAGGCUUUAUAAAGGAGCUGGAAAGAGAUUUAGGGCUCCACUGGAAUCUUGCGGCCAAGCCCAUCAAAGGUUCUGAUCGAAGACACUCAAAUGGUGAUGAUCCCUCGUUGUUGAACGAGAAGCAACUGAACACACACUCGACUAGCUUUUCAUCAUCGAUUAAGCCAGUCAGAAGGGAAAGCGGGCCUGCCUCCGGCUCACCUUCUCCCUUGUCACCGAUUAGUUCUCCUGGGUGUCGAUAUUUUACGGAUAACACCCUAUUAGGAGCCUUGUUACUGCGUUCUUGGUCUCGCUGCAUGAGGCGGGGGUGUUGCGAUCACUCCUCGAUUUCCCUUUUGUUGGAUAUGACAACGCUAAUGAAGCUACAAGCAGAAAAGCCAUCCUUUGAAGGUCUGCGUGAAUUUAAGGGUCGCCUUUGUAAUUUUGCUGACAGGGAAACUUCUGUCCUGAUAUCGACUUCCGCAUCCGGCAAAAAAUUAUGCAGUGUAUCAUCUUUUCCUUUUGAGCCGAUUCCUGCCACCGUUUUCCUCGGCUUAUUCCAUCAGUCUGCUAGAUAUCUUCAUCAUCUUCAUGGUAAAAAAUUGACUGCUAAAAAGUUCAACGAUCCUUUCAGUGCCUCCAAGUCACCUCAAACAAACCUGUUUAAGUGGUAUCAGACUCUUUGCACCCCCGCUAUGAUUACCUUUUGCGCCAAAUGGAGUAGCCUUGUCGAUUCAUUAUGCGCGGUUGUUGAUCUUCCGCAGGAGAUUCCUUCUGUUCCCAUGUUUACUGCUCCGCUCACUGAGCCUUGUGCCCUUGAAAAUGAUUCAAAAAGGCAUAGUUGUCGUAGAAUUCAAUAUGUGAAUAUCUAUCCACACAACUCCCUCCCUUUAUGGGAUGACGCACUCGUUCAUCCUUUUCUCUCCUGGCUUCGUGCUUCUUUACAUGCUCCAGAUACCGAAGCUGAUAUGUUUAAUCAGCUGUUGGGUAUUCAGUUCCAAGAGGUAAGCCGAAGCGCUGGAGUAUCGCACGAAUAUUUAGAAAUGAUGGCAGAUGCCGCAUUUAUUUCAUCCAUUCCCACUCCAUUCUGUGAAAAGUUUCGUUAUGGGGGUUCUUUCAUUCCAUGCAUUUUUAGUGUUCAUGGGGUGCCGGCAAGUGCCGCCAAAGAAAGGACUUGCACGUCUUCAUCACUUUCUUGUCUGCAGGUGGCGAGCUUUUUUAUUUGGCAACAAACUCGGAAGGUGUUGUGUCCCGAGGUGGGAGAUGUAUUCGAGCAACAGCCCAGUGUGCAGCUCUUUUUUGCACCUCAGGAGCAGCAACGCCAACCAAAUGCAAUAACGGAAACACUAAAGACGUGUCAAGUGACAGAGUGGGGAAGGACACCGUGUGCUAGCUCCUGUUUCAACUAUUCACGGGUAGAGUACGGUCUACACUACCUCGUUUUUAUUUUGUCUGAGGCCUUCUCGCGUGCAACAAAGGCUUACCCAAUGCUUUCGAGUCGCGACGCAUCCGCUGCUGCCGCUGCUUUCGAUUUUGUAAAUGCACCGAAGCAAAAUUCAGCUGGAAAUCGGAGGAGAAAUCGCUUGCGUGCGCCUUCCAGUCUCCAACGGCCUGAUAACGAAGGAUCAGCUUCAAUGCGAUCCCCAAAACUGCUGUUAGCUAGAGCUUGCCCUUCGCUUCGCACUUCUAUUCGGGAAGACGUGAUCACCGCAACGGCCUGUAUUGAUCAGGACAACGAAGUUGUUUCGUCUAACGUGUGUCUGUUUGUUUCUUCCUACAGUGAUUGGUGCUUAAAGGCUCUGUGGAGAUGUCUAUGUGCAGUAGGGCGGCGCUUUCAGUAUGCUGUGGAGGAGGACUGGAUGAACAUCAUGAACUUGCUUUAUAAAUGCGGCGACAAUGUAAUAGAGUCUACAUCGCAGUACGAAAAAUACAGCGCUCGUUACAACAAUAUCAGCAGUUAUCAUGCAUAUAUUCGAGAGAAGCUGCUGGACGAGUCAAGCGGGAGCAGUGCAUUUACGGAGAAAGAUGGCAAUGAUGAUGAUGGUGCUUUGGAGCGAUGGCAUGCUGUGCGAUCACAGGUGUGUGCCCUUGAGCCUUGGAUACAAUUCAUGAAGCGGGAGGGUUUUUUCACCUUCACGUCAACCACAUCACCUUCUUCUAAUCGUGAUGGUACAUGUGAUUUGAGAAUGCAAGGCGAUGCAAGAGAUCGAUAUAAAACCAAGACCCAAGGAACCGCUUGUAUGCACGUCCUAACCUCUUCUCAGGCACGUCUACUUUUACGUGGGCUCUUCCAAUUUCCGGAGGCAACAUUCCUCACCUUUCCACUCGACCUUUUGCGCGCGCUGUGGGAUUCGGCGGCGUCACCAGCACAGGAGUCUAACCUUGCUCAUUCUGAGCACAAAUCUCUCACAUCCCCGGAUGAUCUUGACGAGCUCACGGUGUGGCUCCUCUGGAUAGGUCUCGCCCAAUGCUCACACAACCUUGAGGAAGAAGUUUGCGAGUAUGUGGUAGCGGCCUUUUCCGAUGUUUUGCCUUCACGUAAAGACAGGGGGAGUUGUUUUGGAACACCCACAGAGUCUCUACGUCUCGGCCUCGACAGGAUGCAAUGGGCUUCACCGAUGGAACUGCUGAGGAUGGCUACUACAGUUAACAUAAAUAAUAGGGCUUUGGAUUUGUUAUGCCACAAAGGAGAGGUAAAUUGUAUAAUUAAUACUGAAAGGUCAUCUGCUGUACUCAAUCAUUUUUCUCUUGACGCAGUUCACACAUAUUAUUUUGUGAUGGAGCGACCUUUUCGUGGGAUGCACGGAGUGAUUCGCACGCUCUUAUUGAAUUCGGAGUCACUUAAUAGCAACAAUAAUCAUGCCAGGGAAAAUGGGUCUCUGUUUUCGCGUCACAGAUGGUAUUUGGAUCGUUUGAAUGUAAUCAUUAGUUUAGCUCGACAGGCUGCUGAGGUAGUUAUGUCAUGA